UAACUUUUCAGAUUUGAGUACAAAAAUUUUAUGACUGAUUCCGGUUCAAGAUGGCGAUGGGUAGUUUUAAUCGCUUGCUUCGUAUCAGCGAUAUGUAUUUCAAUAUUUUACUAUGCCUUUGGAACAUUUGUAUUGUAUUGGAUAGACGAGUUUUCAGCAACAACUGCUUCCGUAGCAGCCGUUUCAAGUUCGGGAGCAGCGAUAGCUUCAAUUGCAAGUCCGGUCGGUUGUUUUUGUGUUGAAAAAUUGGGAUAUAGAUGGACUCAUGUCAUUGGAGGAAUUCUGAUGAUGACAGCAUUUACAACGUCCUCGUUUGCACAAACAUUAUCUCAAUUGUUUUUUACGUAUAGCAUUUUAGGAGGACUGGGGUGUUGCUUCUGUAUUACUUCAUAUAUCAACGCUGUUGUUGAUCAUUUCCGUGACCAAAAAGCUCUUGGAUUUGGCUUAAUAACGAGUGCCUUUGGAAUAGCAAGCUUUGUAUUUCCAUUGUAUUUUGAAGCACUAAUUGGACAAUAUUCUUGGAGAGGGGUUAUGUUAAUAACUUCAGGUUUCUUCGGCAACAUGAUUGUAGGUGGUCUUCUCCUCUAUCCCGUUGAUGCAUAUCCAUCACUACCUUCUUUCUCGUGUAGGAAGCAAAAGCAAAUUGAUACAAUAACGACUCCGUCAUCGCUGAUCUUAGAAGACAGCAAUACUUAUAAGGACGGCCAACAAACAUCGAUAACAAGUAUCCUUCUUGCCAACGAAAGCAGGUCAACCAUACCAAUAGAUGCCAUGAGCCAUAAACACACGAACGGUAUCUUCAACGCUGACCAGUCACAGGCAAUAAAAGAUAAUAAAAAGGAUUGUUGUGACUUAACAAACGUAGAUGAAAAAUUAUCAUACUAUCACGUAACUAAGAUAUUGAUAUGCAGCUGGUCGUUUUAUUUGAUGGUUAUUCAUAAUACGCUUUUGUACGUGGGCAUUUUUGUCGUUCUCAGUUUGACAACAGCCAAGGCAUCGUACGAUUUAAAUCUAACAGAAGAGCAAGCUGCUCAGAUAGUUUCAACGUUUGGAAUCAGCGCAAUAUUUCGUAUAUUGUAUGGUCUACUAUCGAGAUGGAAGGUUGUUAAAACAUACAAUGUGUAUUUCUCAUGCUUCAGCUUUGCUGGAGUUUUAACUUUACUUUCCGUAUUUGCCAAAUCAUUCCCCAUGCAAAUUGUUUACGGCCUCUGCUGGGGUGCUAUGCUUGCAGGAUUGACUCACUAUCCAGUUGUGGUGUAUGAAAUUUUUGGAUCUGAUUUUUUUAAUAUUGCGUACGGCUAUCUGGAAGUUAUGCAUGGAAUUGGUGCUGUCACGGGUCCAAUUAUUGGAGGAAUACUCUUUGAUGUAACAGGUUCCAGCGUAUGGACUUUCCUUUUUGCCGGAUCAUCCUUACUCGUUGGAUCAUUUAUUCUGCCCAUUGGAUUAUGGGUAACAGGACAAAUAAAACUUUUGAAUUUUUAAUUGCGCAAUUCAUUGAUCCAGAAUCUAACAGCAAAAGUUCAGAGAAGUUCAAGAAAUGUCGAACAUGUCGAUGUUUAAUGGGGAUGUAGAUUAUCGGACUGAUAUGAUUUCGUUAUAUAUUGUUUGAAUGUCUUGUGCUUUGACAGAAAUCGAUUGCUUCUGCGAGGAAAAUUUAUAAAAUAACAUCUUGAGACAAAUUCAUUACUGUUACCAAAUUAUCAAUUUCCAGUCAUCGUCG